AUGUCUCGUCAACUUUUCCUUGUUUCGGCUUUGGUCUUCCUCCUUUCAAUCUCUACUGCACUCGUAGCUGAUUCCCCUAACGUAGCAUUCGUCAAAAAGACAUGUAACGAUGCUACAAACGUCAACCUAUGCUUAAACACCCUCCUCCCUGAAGCCGGCCGCAUCAACAGCCACCCCAAAAAGGCCACCAAUCUCGCUAUUAUGGCCACUAUAACCGAGGUUCAAACCGCCUCUAGCAAACUAACACACCAAGCCAAACAACCCAACCUUAAAUCCCACGAAGCUAGCUCCCUCAAUGAAUGUAGUACCAUUAUCGCGAACUCGGUCUUGGGAUUGAACCAAGCAUUGGAGGAAAGCAAUCGCUUGAACGGUGAUAAGCAGGAUAAGGAGUCGAAGAGGAUGAGCAUGAUUAACGACGUAAGGAAUGUGGUUAAUGCUGUUUAUCAUUGUACAAGUUAUGUGCAAAGUUCGCAUUCUAGGGACGUGUUGAUUAAACGGGCUCAUGACAUUGUUACACCACUUGAUCACCUUGCUACUAAUGCUGUUGAUCUCAUUCAUCACAUGGUUUUUUAA